AUGUCAAUUAUUAAUAUUUGGUGCCUUGAACGUGGAAGUAGUUGCAGUUCAGCUUUUUAUGUUACCGUUAGAAGUAAUAGUAAUAUUUUCGAUCUCAAGAAAGCCAUCUUUAAGGAAAUUAGUGUUUCUUGUAAUAUAAAACCAAAAGACCUUAAUUUAUGGAAAGUUAACUACAACCAAAAUAUAUCAGAUCAUGUUCCUUUUGAUAGUAUAUUAAAAGAUGAAAUGAGAAUAAAAAAUCCAUCAAGUUUGAUUAGAGAUAUUUUUUGUGGUGCUGAAGUAAAUAAUAUUCGAAUCAUUUUUGAAACACCUGCUACUAGUGAGACUACCGAAACAUAUUCCAAUAUUGUGAAUGAAUUCACGAGGAGGUUUAUUACCGAUGAAUCUGAUGGUUUUGGAUGGUAUUCAUUCUCAGCAAUGAUAUUUUUGGAAAUAGAAUGCUUAUAUUGUAAAUGCAAUGAUUUUCCAUAG